AUGCUGGCUUUACUGUUUCUGGCUCUCGUCCUGCAAAACCAUGUGGUGAAAUCCCAAGAACCCAGCUGCCCAACCACCCUCGCAAACCUCAAUGUAUGCGUCCCGUUCUUGGUGCCAGGGUCAGGGCCAGCUGAUAACCCCCCAAGCGCUGAAUGCUGCAACGCAGUACAAGCAGUGAAAGAGGAUUGCAUUUGCAACACUCUCCAAAUUGCUUCCCGUCUUCCAACUAGGUGCAGCCUCCCCGUCCUCAACUGCUCCCCGGGGGCAGUGGGAUGUAAUGCAGGCCAGGCCCAAAGCAUCCCUGAGGAUGAGAAAUGGGGAAGGCAAAAUGUGCUGCAUGAAUGGCUUCUUGGUAAUAAGAUGAAGUGUAGAGCAGGAGAUUCUAUUCAUCAAAAUAGAAAAAGGGAAAAUGCUACUCUUAUUCUCUUACUGACAGACGAGGGUGGCUUCUAA